AUGGCCAGUACAGUUGGAAAUGUCAUUGGUGGAUUAGUCAGUACAGCUGGAAAUGUUGUUGGUGGAAUAGCCAGUACAGCUGGAAAUGCCAUUGGUGGAUUAGUCAGUACAGCUGGAAAUGUUGUUGGUGGAAUAGCCAAUACAGCUGAAAAUGUUGUUGGUGGAAUAGCCAGUACAGCUGGAAAUGUCACUGGUGGAUUAGUCAGUACUGAAAAUGUUGUUGGUGGAAUUGACAAUACAGUUGGAAAUGUCAUUGGUGGAUUAGCCAGUACAGUUGGAAAUGUUGUUGGUGGAGUAGCCAGUACAGCUGGAAAUGUUGUUGGUGGAAUAGCCAAUACAGUUGGAAAUGUUGUUGGUGGAAUAGCCAGUACAGCUGAAAAUGUCAUUGGUGGAUUAGCCAGUACAGUUGGAAAUGUUGUUAGGGGAAUAGCCAAUACAGUUGGAAAUGUUGUUGGUGGAAUGGCCAGUACAGCUGGAAAUGUCACUGGUGGAUUAGUCAGUACAGUUGGAAAUGUUGUUGGUGGAAUAGCCAAUACAGCUGAAAAUGUUGUUGGUGGAAUAGCCAGUACAGCUGGAAAUGUCAUUGGUGGAUUAGUCAGUACAGUUGGAAAUGUUGUUGGUGUAGUAGCCAGUACAGCUGGAAAUGUCAUUGGUGGGUUAGUCAGUACAGCUGGAAAUGUCAUUGGUGGAUUAGUCAGUACAGCUGGAAAUGUUGUUGGUGGAAUAGCCAAUACAGUUGGAAAUGUCACUGGUGGAUUAGUCAGUACAGUUGGAAAUGUUGUUGGUGGAAUUGACAGUACAGUUGGAAAUGUUGUUGGUGGAAUUGACAGUACAGCUGGAAAUGUUGUUGAUGGAAUUGACAGUACAGCUGGAAAUGUUGUUGGUGGAUAA